AUGGGUCGGAAUGGUACAGUGGCGCUGCAAACAAAAAAGGAGAUGAAGAAGAAGAUGGAGCUUCGGAUACAAGUGACAAGCAUCGGAUCGUCUUACGAGCUGACCGCAAUGGCCUCGUCCAUGUACUGUGCAAGGGAGAUGAAAGCUCUGCCUCUGAUUGUGUGCAAUUAUUGCUUCAAAGCGUUCACCAGAAAGCGGGAUAUGAUUUGGCACAUGGUAUACCGUUUGUCGAAACAUUAGGGAAACAAUUAUCUGCAGAAGGAUCAGUGCUCGCGAGUUAUUCCCGGAACCCUCAUUUAUCAGUACAAAGAGCUUAGCGUCUAUGAAGUGGAUCCUUCUAAAUAUAGGUAGAGGCCGUGGUCGCUUCUGAACGUCUAAAAUUGUUCAGGUUUUAGAGAAUUCUGUGAGGCACUGGCUACAUUCGGCAAAUUGUUCUUCACUGCGGAGUUUGAUUUCAACACGGUACACAAUAUAAUGUUUUAUGUGCUCACAAGAAGAAACGACACUAUAAAUAAAACGUUGGGAUACUUUACAAAGGUCAGUCGUGGAUUACUGCAGUUCUGUUGAGUUUCGUCUUUUAGGAUAAAUUGAACACAAAUCACAAUCCAAUUGGAGGAAUCGUUAUUUUUCCACAGUUCUGGCAUGAGGGUUACGGUCGUUUCUUAAUAGAACUCAGUCGGUUGUUCCUAUUUCUGUUUAAAUCCGCCUUUUUUUGAUUUGAGGUCUCCGAAUGUCAGUGAUUCAGAGGUUUAUCGGAUUCCCGGGAUGUCCGUGGGUUGCAAGAUUCCGCAAAGCAUUUGCUAGACACGUACGGUUUGCGAUCUGCCGAUAUUUCAGAGAAAACGAAGAGUUCUACAAAACGGAAACCUAUUUCCAGAUCAUGAGUGCGUUUAUCUUCUCGUUUGCCACAUUUUGCGUCUUUUUCAGCUAUAUCGAAGAUAACUGGAAUUCAUCCAUUCCACGUCACCGAGUUCUUCAGUGCCGAAGAGUGGCUGAUCAUCCAAAACGGGUAUGCGGAUUGAGUCAGCACUGCUAACGAACUCUUCGUUUUAAGACGAGUGGUGUCUCUUCAAGUGGACUUGGACUACGUUACCGAGGUGGAAAGAAAACUUCUCCAAAGCGGCAAGUACAUUAAGUUGAAGAAGAAGAGAUUCCAAGUGAGCACACGCUAAAUUGGCAGCCGUCUCUCGAUCGCAAAUCAUUUUCAUUUUCAGUGGACGCCGUCUGAGUGCUCUCCAAUUAACAAGCUCUUUGUUCUAACUCAAGAAGCUCCGAAGCUAAUGUUUAUUUUUCCGGAGACUACACAAAAAGUGGUUAAGGAAAUUGAGAACAGGACACGGGAUAUGCAACUUGGACCGAUUCGUCUUGCGAUCAGGACAAGUGACAGCGGAUUCUCAACACCCGCGGGUUUUGUUGAAGAUUUGCUGUCUGGAGGUUCGACGUCGGCUUCUGAAGAAGAUUUGCCAUUGGAGGAAACUAUUGAGACGGUUGAAAAGCGGCUGAAGAGGUUGUGCUGCACGUGCGAUCAGCCAGGACCGUCGAGUGCGCCACCCUGUGCGUUUCACUUUGACGGUGUCGCUGAUGAGUAA